AUGUAUGAUCAUAAAAACAAACAAAUUCCAAUACUUGCCGAUCAACUUCAACUACUACGACAUCAAACAGCCCAAGAUAUUCAUCGUAAACCAGAACCAGUAUUGGAUGAAAGCGACUCUUCCGUAAGUAAACAUGAAACAGACAUCCACCAAUUUAAUUUCCUUUCUAUAGCUUUCAGAUUUGAAACCGACGAAAAGGACAACUAGAAAAAGAAAUCAAUCGUUUACAAUCACGAACAACUAACCAACUAUGAUAUAGAACCACAUUGUUUUUCUAACACAUCAAAUGUCAUACAAUAAAAUACUUUCGGCAGUCGAACAGACAAACCUCUCUCAGGCAUAAAAGACAAUGUUCACAUCAUAAACCAUAUUUGAACCACUUUCUACAUAACUGCCACAUAAUUAAACAACCAAAUCACGCCAUCUACGGCAACCACAAACAAUACUUAUCACGCAAAUCUUCAAUCACCCACCAAAUUCCCUCGUAAUCUUUCUCAAAAAAUCAUUCACCAUUAAACAGAACCAAAUACCGGGCAUCCAUGUAUUUCUGUCUGACCUAAGAUACAUCGGAGUUUGAGAACAUACAUGCUAAUACCUUAGACGCAAUUUUCUUCGAACAACACUUACAAUUAAAAACUGACGCUCAAGCGAGAUUUUCAGCCAAUGUCUCUUUCCACAAGUCAGCCAUCUCUUCUACAAGCACAUCACUCGAGAGCGAAAUCAUUUCUGCAUCUAGCACAACCAUUUCUAGAAGAUACACAGGUCGACAGGCGAAUCCUGCCAGAAAAUACAACUUUUUGCUCCCUGUUCAUAGACACAAAAUCAGUAUUCCUUCUGGAGACCCCUGUUUUUUGCUCGAUGACCCUAGUUGAAAAGUAUCCUAUUCGAUAGAGAAUUAAAUUCUGCAUCUUGUACAACCAUUUCUAGAAGAUGCACAGAUGCACAGGCUAAUUUCGCCAGGAAAUACAACUUUUUCCUCCAUGUUCUUAGGCACAAAAUCAGUAUUCCUUCUGGAGACCCCUGUUUUUUGCUCGAUGACCCUAGUUGAAAAUUAUGCUAUUCGAUAGAGAAAUAAAUUCUGCAUCUUGCACAAGCAUUUCUAGAAUAUGCACAGAUGCACAGGCGAAUCCUGCCAGGAAAUACUGACGCAAAUAUGAAAUUUAGGUCGUAUUUCUGGCAUAAGUGCCCUUUUUUUGCUCGAUGACUCUAGUUGAAAAUUAUACCAUUCGAUAGAGAAUUAAAUUCUGCACCUUGCACAAGCAUUUCUAGACGAUGCACAGGCGAAUCCUGUCAGAAAAAACGCGAAUCUAGUGCUGGCAUUACUUUCGUUAACCUAGAUGUUAUUCGAGCUUUACUC